CAGGCCUGAGCGUGGGUUUUCGAGGGAGCUCUCUGCGCUGGGCGCUGGGGAGCUACGGCAGCGAAGGGGAGGAGGAGGAGGAGGAGAAGGAGGAGGAGGAGAGGAACGCACAGAAGCCAAACGAGUGAGGGUAGCUAAGCUCCAUCAGUCCGCAGAGAAGCGGAGGAGGGUCAGCCGAGUGAAGGGAGCGGGCGCCUGCUCGCUGGGUGCCCUAUCACCCUACUGCAGUGCCUUCUAGCAAAAGCUACCGCGGCCCGGGCUGCAGCGGCCAGACGGAUGCCAAGGCCACACAGCAGGCGCGGGGACAGCUGCUGCAGUCGCCAUCCCACGCGGGCUCCGGACAUCAGGGGCUGCUGAUGAAGUGAUUGAGAAGAAACAAUAAACACCAUCAUUUUGUAGACAGGACAACAUGGAUCAGCCGUUAACGGUGAAUUCCCUGAAAAAGUUAGCUGCGAUGCCGGACCACAGGGAUGUUUCCCUCAGCCCGGAAGAGCGAGUCCGCGCCCUAAGCAAGCUGGGUUGUAAUAUCACCAUCAAUGAAGAUAUCACUCCGCGCCGCUACUUUAGAUCCGGAGUAGAAAUGGAAAGAAUGGCGUCCGUGUAUUUGGAAGAAGGAAACUUGGAAAAUGCCUUUGUUCUUUAUAAUAAAUUUAUAACUUUGUUUGUAGAAAAGCUUCCUAACCAUCGAGAUUACCAGCAGUGUGCAGUACCCGAAAAGCAGGAUAUUAUGAAGAAACUGAAGGAGAUUGCAUUCCCAAGGACAGAUGAAUUGAAAAAGGACCUUUUAAAGAAAUAUAACGUAGAAUACCAAGAAUAUUUGCAAAGUGAAAACAAAUAUAAAGCUGAAAUUCUCAAAAAACUGGAGCAUCAGAGAUUGAUAGAGGCAGAAAGGAAGCGGAUCGCUCAGAUGCGCCAGCAGCAGCUAGAAUCGGAGCAGUUCUUGUUUUUCGAAGAUCAGCUCAAGAAGCAAGAAUUAGCCCGGAGUCAGAUGCGAAGCCAGGAAACUCCAGCACAGUCAGAGCAGAUUGAUGGGAGUGCUUUGUCCUGCUUUUCCACACACCAGAACAAUUCCUUGCUGAAUGUAUUUGCAGAUCAGCCUAAUAAAAGUGAUGCAACCAAUUACGCUGGCCACUCGCCUCCCGUAAACAGGGCCUUAAAGCCAGCUGCAACUCUAAGUGCUGUUCAGAAUUUAGUGGUUGAAGGACUGAGAUACGUCGUUUUAUCAAGAGAUCUUUGCCACAGAUUUCUGCUCCUGGCAGAAUCUAAUACAGUGAGAGGAAUAGAAACCUGUGGAAUACUCUGUGGGAAACUGACGCAUAAUGAAUUUACUAUUACCCACUUAAUCGUGCCAAAACAGUCUGCGGGACCAGACUAUUGCGACGUGGAGAAUGUAGAAGAAUUAUUCAGUGUUCAGGAUCAACACAAUCUCCUCACUCUGGGAUGGAUCCAUACACAUCCAACCCAAACUGCGUUCUUAUCCAGUGUUGAUCUCCACACUCACUGCUCUUAUCAGCUCAUGUUGCCAGAGGCCAUUGCCAUUGUCUGUUCACCGAAGCAUAAAGACACCGGCAUCUUCAGGCUCACCAAUGCUGGCAUGCUUGAGGUUUCUGCUUGUAAAAAGAAGGGCUUUCAUCCACACACCAAGGACCCCAGGCUGUUCAGUAUAUGCAAACAUGUGUUGGUAAAAGACAUAAAAAUAAUCGUACUGGAUCUGAGGUGAUAUGUUCCGAAGAUUAGCACCGUCCACGCCAGACACUUACCCAUGGACCUGUGGUUGCUGGAUUUUCUUAAGAUGUUUCCAGAAAUGACUGACAUUUUAUAUUUAUACAUUUUAGAUCAGAAAGUUUGAUAUUUAUUACUUUCGCACAUUUUGAAGCUUUCUUUUUGGGUUGCUUUGUCUCAAGAGAGGUUACAAUGGAGUUAAAUCAAUACCUAUCAUGUGCCCAAAUACUAUGACCAGAUAAUAAAUUGUGCCAUAAACAACAA